AUAUAAUUUUAAAAUGAUACUUGAUCUAAAAACAAUUACCAUCAAAUAAUCGAAUUGAGUAUUAGGUUAAUAUUUUUGAAAUUGAAAGAGCUAUAAAAUAAUUUGAUAACAUGACUCGAUAUUGUUUAUUAUGGGAUAAUCAUAACACAAAUUUAGUACAUAAUUUAACUAAAUUAUAUGAAGCUCGGCAAUAUUUGGAUAUAACUUUAAGAUGUGAGAAUGCCGAUAUUGGAGUACAUAAGUGCGUAUUAGUAGCAGCCAGUCUAUAUUUUGAGGAACAACUUCGAAAGAAUUCCAGUUCAACGGUUAUUUUAAUUAAAUCAAUUCAACUUAAGAUACUAAAAUUACUAAUAGAAUUUAUCUAUAAAGGAGAAAUUUAUGUCGAAGAAUCCGAUGUGCCAUCGGUAUUAGUAGCUGCAAAAUUUUUUCAAAUAUCUGGUUUGAGUGGUAUUAAUUCACAUGAUUUGGAUGAAUCAUUUGAGGAUAUUCCAACGCAGUUUAAUAACUUUGAAGAACCAGAGUUUAUACAAACUCAGGUUAUCGAAGACGUACUUAAUGAUUUGAGCACUUAUAAAACAGAACGCUCGGAUAUUAUUAGUAAUACGAAUUUAAAUUUAAAUACUUUGAGCCAAGAAUCGAAUGAAAAAAGUUUUGAAGAAAAUUCGAUAUUUUUACAAGAAAAAAUUUCUGGAGUUAACUUUGAGAUUACUGAAACUACAAAUGAAGAAAUUGUUAAUGAAGAAUAUACAGAGACUGAGGUUGAAGCAAUUGCUGAAGAAUAUCUGGAUUCUGUUUCUGAAAUGAAAAUUGAAUCGCAUGAAAAUAUCGUUGUCACUUCAACAUCCGAUAAAAAUAUAUCUAAUUCAAAGAAUGAAGUAGUUGUACCUGAUGAAGAACAUUUUGAAGACGAAGAAUAUCUCGAGGAACAUUUAGAAUCUUUCGAUGAAGAAUCGCUGACAUAUCCUGAUUCUGAAAAAUGUGAGGAUCCAGAAACAAAUAAAGCUUUACAAGUGCUUCAAGAGGCUGGUGUACCAACAGACGUUCCAAUUUACUGCGAAGGUAAUGACGGUUCAUUUGUGGAACUUACUAAAGAUAUUUUGGAAGAGAUUGCGAGUGGAGGACAAGUUAUUUACCAAGUAGUUGAUGAAGAAGGUAAACCUGGUGAAUUACUAUUAGGCAGCGCGGUUAAACAGCAAUCAAGAAUACCUACUCCUCAUGAACCCGAGAUUUCCACUAAUGUUGUAUAUGAUAAAUUAGUAUCAGAGACUUUAUACACCCCAUCUCCCUCGCCAUCGUUGGGUAAAACGGAGAUAGAAAAUGUUACCUCACAAUUAAUAGAAAAUGUAGAGACGGUUGAAAAUGACGUAAAAGAACAGCCAAUUAAAACUACCCGAGAACGUAAGGCGAAUUCACGGUAUUUCAAUUCAAAUUUAACAUCACCUUUUUUAGAGUUGAGCCAAAGAAAAGCUCAAAAAAGAACGCAGUCUCCUAAAGAACAGAAUGGUUGUGAAAAAAUAAUAAAAACCGAAAAUGUGGAAAAUUCUGAAUGUGAUUUGAUCGAACAAAAAAUUGCUGAAUUACAUGCAGAUUUUUCAACAGAUCUUACGAAUUACAUGACCACAGUUAACGAUAAUCAGACAGAAAAUGAAGAUAUUUCCGAAAUUUUAAACGAUAGUGAGUCGAAUGAUAUUAAUAUUGUAAAGUUAGCAUCGAAACGUCGAAAAAAUAAACAUUUCUUAAAGUUAUUUGACUCCCCAAAAAUUAGCACCGAAAAUAACGAUGACCGUGGGAAAAUAAUUUCAUCAAAACGAAAAAAGACUAAUAGUGAAACAUCGAAUACGUCUUCACAAUCGACUGGUAGGGAAAUUCCAUAUGCGUUAGGAUUAUUACCGUUAAGAAAAGCACUUAAGAAAAUACAAAACAUGCCAGAUCAUACACCGAGAAAAACUCGUUCGAAUGUUUUAUUGAAUAAAACACAAUAGAUGUGCAGAAAGUAUAUUCGAGUUCUUAGACAGCGUGGCAUCCUUUUUACAAUUAUUUAUUUUUUCUCGAAGUAAUUCUUGAAACCUAUUUAAAAAAAUGUAUUGAUAAUAUUCGAUUCAAUUUUAUAUUUUGUGAUAAUAUAAUUAGUUCGAGC